AAAGACACUGUGGCUCAGAUAUCAGAGCUGGGGGGGGAAACGAGGGUGAGAGAGCGAGAGGAAAAGAAAGGAAAAUAGACGGGGAAGAGGGAAAGCGUAGAUGGGUCCUGCCCGUUAGUUGCAAAGCGGGACCUGCCACUCCCCCCGUGACAGGUGGGCUUUCCUCCAAAGCAAACAUACAUGCACAGGAGGGACGCAACAUGAGCCAACAUGGCGCCCACACCUCUCCUGUGUGGACCCUGCCAGUGAGCGUGGUGGGGAAGUUUUGAACGCAGGACUCUUGAGAAAGUGUGGUAGGCUCAGCACGUUUUUACAGUGGAUCAAGGGGGAGAGUUAGCAUUUCGCACGAAGAUAAUACAGGAUUCUCACCUGGAAUAGAGAAAUCUAUCAAAUGAUUUUGCACUCAACAUUUAACAGUUUAUGAUUCCUAAACACUGCUCACUGUGUUUGUCUUGUUUCUACCACUUGGUGGUUCACCCUGGGCUGUGCCUACUUUGCCCUGGAGGGCUAUGAGGGAGCUGCCAGGGCCUUACAGACGUGUGUGUGGGACUGGAGCCAGAUAACACAGAGGCGUGGAACAACCUCUCCACGGCCUACAUCCGCCUGAGACAGAAAUUCAAGAGAUCCAGGUGCAGGCGGUGGUGGAGGACAUGAUGGAUAACCAUGGCGACCAGGCCUCGUCCCUGCGGGCCAAGAUUCAGGCGCUCCUGGGUCGCGCACGUCCCGCCAUAGCACCGACGCUGAGAUCUGCCGUCACUACACCGUGCUGUAUGGAGACGGACAGAGCACCAGGCCUGGCAUUGCAUUUCCUGUCCAAGGCCCAUCACUGUGAGGUGCAGGCCAGAGGCUGGGAGAAAAAGUCUGGGACCUUCAAGGAGGUUAUAAAGAGAGCCAUAGAUCUGGCCAACGUGACCCUCGGCUGUAGUAAGAAGAAGAGUAACCCCCAGGAGUCAUUGCAGAUGUUGUUCUCCAUUCAUCCCGCCACCAAAGCGAAGCCACUGCACGCAGAUGUCGCAACUGGCCAGGUCCAUGGCGACCCGAGUGAUGAUGUCAAAGAGCUUGAGCAGCUUAUCACGGAGCUGCGCAGAGAAUCAGCAUGAAUGCCUCGCUAUAGACACACCUCGAAGGACUCUAAAGACCUCCUACAGCAAACUUGUCCCAGAGCAGACAUGGCUACAAGGGACGCUGUCAGGGGACCUGCACCCAUCACCCUCUUCCUUGCCACAGGGACUUUACAUGCUUUUACAGUUCAUGUGACUGUUAAAAAAAGGAAUGACAUAACUGGAUACAUUUGUAUGUACAAAGUGUAAUUUUGUAUAGUUCCCCCUUGAUGUAUGUGCUAUUUGUUGUGUAAAGCAUGGUUGAGGAAUUGCUAGCUCGUAGAGUUAUGAACUCUACGGAAUCGAAAGAAAUCACAAAAUGUGUACAAUCAUACAUUGUACAAAGAUGAAGCUUUGUGAUCAUAGAACCACGCUUGCCUUAUUGUUAGUAUGUACUAGUCAUAACCCACUCCCCCAGGCGCAGAGAGAGCUUUGCAGAUGAGAAAUGUAAGCAUGUGGGCCAAAUAUAAGAGCGAUGCAGACGCACAACAGGAGAGUGUGGACACACACACUCAUCGCCGGGGAAGCAGCAGGCCAUGAAAGUGUCAUCUCGCCUCGCUCACACAGAACAGACACCAUGGAAGAAGAACAGACUCUGCACAGCUAACUCAUCAUCAUGCUCAGGGGCUACAGAUAGAGAUCCUACACUCUUCUCCUCUUGGGUUUUCUCUCCGAAAGGAAAAUGACCUUGACAUUGCCUUUGUUUUAUCAUACUUAUUGUUGUAUUGCUAUCGUACAGGUUUUCUCUUUGCCUAUGCCUUUGUCAAGGACUGUCUGCCUUGCUUUGAAGUAAAGUCCCACAGUGUGGGUGACUGACAAAGGAGGAAAUGUCUUUUAUAGGAGUAGAUAUGUACAUGUGUUAUGUCACAGCUGUAGUCCUCUUUCAUGAAUGUUGUUAGUUUUUUUUCCGAUUUGGUGAUCAUUUCUGGAUUGGGAAGGAAGUGUGCAUCACCCUUAAGUAUACUGUAUGUAUACCUUCCAUCUUUUCCUCAGUUUGUGAUCACACAACUUGUUUGCAUACCAAACCACUCGAUCAGAACCAGAUUUCUGGCCCAAAAUGUCAGUAAUUUAAUAAAAAUUUGAAA